GGAUAUUUUUGGAAUUGCAUGUACAUGUUUUGUUCUCACAUGGAUGUGUUAAAAUUAGCUGAAGUACUUUCACCAUUAUGGACUUCACUGUUCUUUCAGCAGAUCAAAGCCCCACCUCAGAAAUGUCAUGACAUCAUAGCUCAGCCUCUUGUCAUGUACUAAUACACACAGUCUUCUUUCACAAGCAAUCAUUCUUGGACUGAGGAAACGUUGCCAUGAAUAACUCCAGCAGCCCAACCACGGACAACUUCCCUGAAUACGACAACCUAGGUCCAUGUGAUUACGUGCCCUGGGGCUGCAACAACAGCAAUGUAAGGAACUUUAGCCAAGUCUUCCUCCCUACAGUCUACAGCAUUGUCUUCAUUGUGGGGUUCAUUGGCAAUGGCCUGGUGUUGUGUGUCCUGGCCAAGUAUCACAAACCAUUCAACAUGUCAGAUCUGUGCCUCUUCAACCUGGCCAUUUCAGACCUCCUCUUCCUUAUCUCAUUGCCUUUCUGGGCUGACUACGCUGCCAACUUGAAGUGGACCUUCCCAGAUUUCAUGUGCCAAGCAGUGACAGCACUCUACAUGCUGGGCUUCUAUGGAAGUAUCUUCUUCAUGAUCCUCAUGACGGUGGACCGCUACGCUGUCAUUGUCCACACUUAUACCUCCCUCAUCUCCAAGUUCCGCUCUGUCGGAGCUAGCAUAGCGCUAGCUUUGUUUGUGUGGACACUGAGCUUGGGAGCCUCUCUGCCAAACAUAAUUCUCUCAAACGUGAGUAAUGUAUCAAAUGUAUCAGUAUGCAGUGUGACAGAUCCAAGGAACAUAUGGAAGCCAUUCUAUUACAUUGAGCUGAACAUCCUUGGUUUUAUUAUUCCUCUCUCAGUGAUGCUGUUCUGCUACUCGCGUAUCAUCCCCAUCUUAAUGACCAUGAAUUCUCAGAAGAAACACAAAGCUGUCAGGCUUAUGGUGGUCUUGGUCACUGUUUUCUUCCUUUUCUGGACACCCUACAACAUCAUCAUCUUCCUGAAGCUCCUGCAAGAACUGAAAGUGAUCAGCCAUCACUGCAAUCAGGACCUGCACAUGGCUAUACAGUGGGUGGAAUCCAUAGGAUUCUGUCACUGCUGCCUCAACCCCAUAAUUUAUGCCUUUGUGGGGCAGAAAUUCAGAAAUUUAUUUCAAAAGAUGCUGAAAGAGUGGUUUCCUCUUUGCUUUGGCCAUUGCACAACAGUUGAAAGCAAGUCCUCAGAGAGGACGACCUCUAAGUACUCACGCGCCUCAAUGAUUUCCAGUACAAGGACAAAAUUAAAAGUGUAACUCUUAUUGCUUGUUAUCCCCGAAGCCUAUUUCAGUUUGAAAAAAAGACCAUAAU